GCCAGGCUCCAGGCGCAGGCGCAGUCCCGCACUCCCUCGGCCGUGCACCCGCCGCGGUGGAGUGUAGCGGCGUCGGCCGGCAGUCCUCCUCUCCCUCAGACUGCUUCGAGGCGCGCUCUUUGAGGCUCUACGAGCGCCCCUGAGCGCGGGCCGCGGCAGCGGUGAGUUUGCCAGCGUGGACAACUCGCUCCGACCGCCCCGGGAAAAGCGAGCUUAAUGGACUCUGGAAGUGGUGAUGUUAGAUGGAAUCUGCGGCACGUGAAGAGUUGCCAGUUGUUAUGGGAUUAAAACAAAACCUGUAAUGGCUAAAGGGUUAUCCUAUGAUGAAGCUUUUGCUAUGGCUAAUGACCCCUUGGAAGGCUUCCAUGAAGUAAACCUUGCGUCACCUACUUCUCCGGACCUUCUUGGUGUGUAUGAACCAGGGACUCAAGAGCAGACUACCUCACCAAGUGUCAUCUACCGGCCACAUCCUUCAGCUUUAUGCUCCGCCCCUAUCCAGGCUAAUGCCUUAGAUGUUUCUGACCUUCCUACACAACCUGUGUAUUCAUCCCCCAGACGUUUAAACUGCGCAGAAUUGUCUAGUGUCAGCAUACAUGUUACAGACUCAGCACCUUGUUCUACCUCUGGAGUCACGGCUGGGUUAACUAAAUUAACUACAAGAAAGGACAACUGUAAUGCAGAGAGAGAGUUUUUACAGGGUGCUACUGUAACGGAGGCUUGUGAUAGCAGUGAAGAUAUUUUUGGGUUGAGUACUGAUAGUCUGUCCCGUUUACGAAGCCCAUCUGUUUUGGAAGUCAGAGAAAAGGGCUAUGAAAGACUAAAAGAGGAACUUGCAAAAGCUCAGAGGGAACUGAAGUUAAAAGAUGAAGAGUGUGAGAGGCUUUCUAAAGUACGAGAUCAACUUGGACAGGAAUUGGAGGAACUCACAGCUAGUCUGUUUGAGGAAGCUCAUAAGAUGGUGAGAGAAGCAAAUGUCAAGCAGGCAACAGCAGAAAAACAGCUGAAAGAAGCACAAGGAAAAAUUGAUGUACUUCAAGCUGAAGUGGCUGCAUUGAAGACACUUGUAUUGUCCAGUUCUCCGACAUCACCUACACAAGAGCCUCUGCCAGGUGGAAAGACACAUUUUAAAAAGGGUCAUACACGAAAUAAAAGUACAAGCAGUGCUAUGAGUGGCAGUCAUCAGGACCUCAGUGUGAUACAGCCAAUUGUAAAAGACUGCAAAGAGGGAUUCUUCAGUUCCCUUCUCUACCUGGCUGGCCAUGGAGUACCUGCUGGAAACUUGGCUGACUUAUCUCUGUAUAAUGAAUUCAGAUCUUGGAAGGAUGAGCCCACAAUGGACAGAACAUGUCCUUUCUUAGAUAAAAUCUAUCAAGAAGAUAUCUUUCCAUGUUUAACCUUCUCAAAAAGUGAGUUGGCUUCAGCUGUUCUGGAGGCUGUGGAAAACAAUACGCUAAGCAUUGAACCUGUGGGAUUGCAACCUAUUCGAUUUGUGAAAGCGUCUGCAGUCGAAUGUGGAGGACCAAAAAAAUGUGCUCUCACAGGUCAGAGUAAGUCCUGUAAACACAGAAUUAAAUUAGGAGACUCAAGCAACUAUUAUUAUAUUUCUCCAUUUUGCAGAUACAGGAUCACUUCUGUGUGUAACUUUUUCACAUACAUUCGAUAUAUUCAGCAGGGACUCGUGAAACAGCAGGAUGUUGAUCAGAUGUUUUGGGAAGUUAUGCAGUUGAGAAAAGAGAUGUCAUUGGCAAAGCUGGGAUAUUUCAAAGAGGAACUCUGAAGCUCUGCCUGGGACCAUGCAUGAACCUCCCUGAAUACCUGGAAAAUGGCUGAAUAUUUUUAUGGUUACUUGAUAUUUAUUUCCAAGGAGUGGGUCCAAGACUUUUUCCUUCUUUUGCAAAUUAUACUAAGAAGUACUGUGAUUUCGUUUAAACUGACCUAUGCUGUGUUUGCUUUUUCUUUAGUUGAACAUUCUAUAAAGAAUGACAGGUGUACUAGUGAUUGUAAUUUAUAGUUGCAAAAAAAGCUAAAUAAAUAAAUGUUAGAUUGAG